CUUUCUACCGUAGAGACUUUUCCCCAAUUCCUUCUUCAUCGCAUAUCUAUUUGUAAAUCUCCAUCGCAUCCUUCAUCCCUGAUUCUUCUCCAAAAUACACAGAUUUUUCGUCUGAUUUCAUCACCGAAGGAAAGGAAUUCAUCAUGGACUCGACGUUCUCCAAAUUUGCUUGAUUUCAAACAAGAUCCUCCGUAGAGAAGGAACAGUGCUCGAUCUCUCUACCCACUGCACGCCGGAAACCAUGCCAUGGGUUAGGGUUUCGAAAUGAUUGGAAAGGAUGAAAAUUUUGGCAAGUCAGAUGGAUAUUGACAACCAUGGACAGUUGGUAUUCGAACAUAACAAGAUCCCUUCGAAAUAUUUACAUUGGUGCUUAUCAUUGUAAGAGGUGUGCAUAUGUUUGCUGAAAUACAAUGACACUGACCAAGAUUGGCAUUCUAAGAGGAUUAAUGAUUAACCAAGUUUCUUUCCGCUCCUCAUCUAACUCUAGCCUCACUUACAAUGGGAUGAUCAUCUCAAUGUUCAAAGCAAAGCAGACGGGUGCAGCAGCGGAAGAAGGUGAGGUCGGGCCAACUUUCUCCGGCACUAAUCGACAUCAAAACCCACAUUCCAAAGACAUCAUUACAAAUCCAGCGAUGCAGCAGCAUUCAUUAUCUAGGUGGCAAGGCUAGAACCAAGAAUAUAGAACAAAUUAAGCUCCACUUGGAAUCGAGAGACAAGCGACAGUGCAACAGUCACCGAUAGCCACCUAGAGCUUAACCAGUGCAUAUCAAACAACAUCAACUAAGGCCAACUCAGCUGUAAGUCCAACACCAAAACAGGAGCUGUUCUCUAGCCUCCUCCAUUUGCAAGUGAAUCUUGGUGUAUUUUUGUUUAUGCAGCUUCCUUAAUGGGUCCUUAAGCCUCUUCACCAUCAUGAAUAAAUCUCUCCGAGUUAAAGUUCUGUCCGAUCUCCGAUUGAGAUGAAACCGGCACGGGCAAAUCCUCCGCCGGGGACACUUCUGUUGAAGGAUCAUCUAGUGGAGGACGUGAGCUCCUGCUCGUCCAACGGAUUCAGAUCGUAUCCGCGCCGAGAAUGCUGCACGACGGUUCGGUUUCUGCUCGAGGCGGACCUCAGAGAUGUGCCGACGCGGAGGCCGGCGGCGGCGGAGCAUCCUGCAGUCGCAAGACGCGCGGCGGCGGGGGCGAAUAGGGCGCCGACGUCCGGCGUUGUCUCGGCUUUGCAGAGAGCCUCGAAGACGGUGAUUAAGGCGGUUAGGAACCUCCACACGGCUCCCGCCGCGGCGGCGGUUAAGUCCGAGAGGCAGAGCAAGGCGAAGAAGCCGAUUCUGCCGGCGAAUUUUUCGCGGAAGCUUCUGAAACGAAACGUCAAUAAGAAACAAAUCGAUCGGAGCGAAAUCGAACGGUGGAAAGUUUAUAACCAAUUGGCGCAGGAGACAUCGAAACCCUCCGAUUCCAACAGCUCGUUGAGCAACAGCCGGCGCAAUAGCGAUUCCACAGUUUCCGGCGAUUCGCAGCCAUCUUCGAGCUACAGUUCUGAGGGGAACUCUACGGUGGAGCAGAACGACGCCGUUGCCGCGAAAAGCUCACCGGCGGAGAAAGCCGUUAGGAAUCGGCCAAGUGUCCGCGUAACCAACGCAUAUCGCGCUAACAAACAGAAGCAACUAUGGUCCAUACCAACUUGUAAUGUGGAGAAAGAGCAGUCCAGUCCAGUUUCUGUACUGGACUAUCCAUUGGAAGAAGAUGACGAAGCAUCUUCACCUUUGCAAACAAAACUCAACAUUGAACCAGAAACCAUGAAGAAACUGCUUCGGAAGAUCAAGAGGUUUGAAAGCCUCACUCAAAUCGAGGCGCCGCCAAAACCCGAACCUCCCCUUCUCCGCUCCUCCCUGUCCCCCACGCCGAGACCCGAAGACCAAAUCCGAGUGGAACGAAGCGCAAAAUCUCUACUCCUGCAGCUGAAGUCCCCACUUACUAGCGGCACCGACGCCUCGCUACUGCUCGAUUUCUUCCGUUGUGGGGUGGCGGCCGCCGCCGACGGGGGGCUGCCGGUUUCCGAGCUGGUGAGGGAAGCAGAGGGUUGGGUGAGUGGGGAGUGCAGCAGCAGGUUUUGGGGUGAGUGGGAGGUGGAGAAGAACAGGAGAGGGUACAUUGAGGUGAUGGAGAAGGAGUGGAGGUGGGAGAGGGUAAUGGGUGUGGAGAAUGGGGAGUUGGCUAUGGAGUUGGAAAGAUAUGUCUCUAGUUCUUUGGUGAAUGAGCUUGUGGCUGAUCUCCUCACUUCAUCUCUUGUGUUUUAACUCAUCAUUAUGAUUUUUUUGGGUGGGGUUCUCAUGACAUUGGAACUCCAUGUUAUGGGAUGAUCCGGGGACGCUUCGGCGUUCCGUUCGUAAAAUUAAUGAUUCCUACCCCCUAACCCCCUCGGUAAACCUCCAAACUGCCCGACCCGAACACACCCCUUCAAAUUUUGUCUCUUAAGUCAAAAUUAACUUGUGAGGUGCAAUUGAAGGGGGUGCGGGGUGUGUUCGGGUCAGGCUGGGGUGAGGGGAUUUAUCAGGGGU